GUUUUAUGGUGUCAGUCAACUGCCGUACUCUGGUCUAUCGUCAGUGGGUUUCCAAUCCCUAAUAAUCUUCCCAAACCGUAACGAAUUUGAACUUGCAGUUGGUGGCAUAGAGCUCUGUUUUCUGAUUGGAAAUGGCGAGAUCAACCAGCAAGGAUGCUCAAGCUCUCUUCAAUUCCCUUCGCUCUGCUUAUGCCGCCACUCCCACCAGCCUCAAGAUCAUUGAUCUGUAUGUGGGUUUCGCGGUUUUCACUGCUCUGAUUCAGGUAGUUUACAUGGCUAUUGUUGGAUCAUUUCCAUUCAAUUCUUUCCUUUCUGGAGUACUUUCUUGUGUAGGCACAGCUGUCCUUGCUGUUUGUCUCCGUAUCCAAGUGAACAAAGAGAACAAAGAAUUCAAGGAUUUACCUCCGGAGCGUGCAUUUGCUGAUUUUGUUCUGUGCAAUUUGGUGCUCCAUUUGGUGAUCAUGAAUUUCCUUGGUUAAUUUUUGGCCAGUUUGGUCUGUUGGAUUAUACUCCUUGAUGUUGAACUGAGAGACAUAAUUAUAAAUAGUUUUAGGACUCCAAUGCAGCAAAUUCAUUGGCCAUAACUUAAGAAACUUGCCCCAUAAAAUGCUGAGCUGCUGUUAGAAUUUUUGUUAUUUAGGCUCGUUUUGUUUGUGGAAAAUAACUUGUCCAUGCGAAUAUUUUGACUGUUUGGUUGCAACACUGAAAAAUCUGUUUCUUCGUUUUUUA